UUGCCCAUAUAAACUCCAACCCUUGUCCUCGUUAUUGCAAACGAUCAUCGUUUACUCCUCUCUGCUCGCUCCACUCAUCUUCUGCUCCAUCGACUUUGCUCCAAGCUUUUCUUAUCUUUUCAUCACCGAUAUUGUGAUGGCUAGAAUUUUUGAAACCGUAGUGAUUGCAGCACUGGCCCUUAUACUGGGCCUAGCACUGGUGGUGGAUGUUGAGGCAGCUUGCAAUGCCAUGACAUUGCAGCCUUGUCUUGCGGCGUCCCAAGGAAAAGUUGCCCCAGAUCCGGCAUGCUGCACUGCUAUCAAGAACAUCGGGUUAAGUGCCGAUGGGCCUCAGUGUCUGUGCACCUUAGCCACCGGCCCCCUGGCCAAGGCUAAUGGUGUGUCAGCUGAUGCCGCCAUGGCUAUUCCAAAGAAGUGCGGCUUACCCGUCCCCAAAGGUUUCAUGUGCAACAACAAGCCGGUCCCAGGCUCAUGAAGACACAGCGUCUAACGCCAAUACAAGCAAUGGAGUAUUGGUCUUUGUGGAAUGACGUGAAGAAUUACUCAUUUGUCGCUGCUGAAACACAUUUGCUCAUUGUGUGCCGUCCUCAUUUUGUGAUAUGUUAUCUGUGAUAACCCCUCUGUCAACUGCCUCUAAUGGGUGGUCUAUAUUUUGAGUUAUAAAUAAGCUUCUUGCAAAAUACAUUGAGUGCAGAAGCAUUUAUUUAA